CACAUGAUGGAAGCUGUUAUCAACUUGUCUGUUUGUAUUGUAGCUUUCAUAUCAGUUUUAACUGAUGUGAUGAGUGCAGAAUCAUGUACUCAAAUCAACAGCUGUUCAUGUCGAACAGAGUCUUCUAACUUUGUGUUGAAUUUAAGGCCAUUGUCUAACCCAAGCAAUCCGAGUUUGGUAGCCACAGAUUCAAAAGGUGGUUAUAAAUAUAUAUAUAACCCAUGUGACCCAAUGACUGUAUGUAAUACUGGAGGAGGAGAAACAGAUAUAGCAGUAUGCCAACAAGACAAUGCAGCAACCCCCAAAAAAUACUGUGCAGGGAAAGAGACUGGUUCUUUAUUCCAAGGUGACCUUAAAGCUGGAACUUUGAGCAUGAAAUUUGAAUGUAUUGGUGGUGAUCCUCAACACACUAAGAGGACUACAAUAAUACAAGUUGUAUGUGGAAAUAAAAAUGAAUUGGAAUUUGUCAAAGAUGAUAGCCCAAAGACAGGAAAUAUAGGGAUAUAUGUCCUUAAACUAACAACACAGUAUGCCUGUAUUAAUGGAGGAGAAAGUGGAGGACUAUCAACUGGUUCUGUUUUACUACUUAUAUUUUUCAUAGUAUUGAUAAUUUAUCUAGUAGGAGGUGUACUAUUUAUGAAAUUUAUGAGAGGUGCCAGUGGAGUAGAAAUGGUACCCAACUUAGAACUUUGGAAAGGAUUACCUUCAUUGAUAAAGGAUGGAUUUGUGUUUGUGAGCAAAGGAUGUAAAGCAAAUACAACAUACUCACAGAUCUGAAGAUUGAUAGCAGCUCUACUAUGGAUAAUGGUUCAGUUAAUCAUAAGAUCUGGUGGUGGAUAGCAACUGUACUAUGUUUCAGUUAACAAGAUCUGGGGGUGGAUGAAUGGAUUCCACUAAACAUGUAGAUCUGAUACAUAUCAGCUGGCAUAAAGAUCUGAGACAGUUACAUCCAGUUGCGAUGAGUGUGUAGGCAGAGAUAAUACCUUUGGUUAGCUUGCUUGCUAGCAGAACUGUGAAUUCAUUAUUAGGUAAGGUAUACUACCCUCCUUUCAAAGUCGCCUAGUCCAAGACAGAUAGAUUUGUUAUCUGUCAGACUAGUCUACUCUUAAAGGAGGGUAGUUUACCUAAACUAAUAAUGACCAAGGUUCAUCUAGCAAGCAAGCUAACCAAAGAUACUACCUUUGCCUACACACUCAAUGCAAUCAGCUGUAAUCAAAGACUUCUUUUUUUAUUUCGUCUGUUUAUUUAAAAAAUAUUUUUGUUAGAUUUUACUUGAGUCUUUAUCUAGAUUGAACAUUUUUGACAGUCAUAAAUUUCAGAUUUAUCUUAACUGAAGAGGAAAAUAAUUUGAAAUUAAUUUGUUAUGUAAAGGAAUUAAUGUUCUCGCUAUUUAGUAAUUCUCAGGUUAUACUUAUUAUUGAUAAAUACAAAUGUAUGAACAAAAUUAUAAUUUGAGUUUUUGGGGAAAUGUAGAUAUUAACUUGAUAUGUUUAACUAUAAAUUAUAUAAAUGAUACAUUCCAGUGUUUAUAAAGGUUUUUGUAUAAAUGUGUGUCUGAUAAUGACUAUGAAGUGAACGAGAGUUGGUCAUGUUGUAGAGAUGUAUAUGUCUGUUUAGUAAGUACUACUUUAUUGCAUUAUUAGAUAUAGAUGAUUUAGCUGUAAUUAUUGUUCAGAGAUCUGGUAAAUUAUUACAAACUUUCCAUAUGAUUAGUGGAUUAAUCAGUGAUGGAACAGUGACAAAUUGUUAUUUUAUAUUUUAGAUGUAAUUUUCUUUUAAGUCAGUGUGAGCUGUUGCCAUCAUUUUGUGUUGAAUAAUACCAUUGAUGAAUUUUUAGCAACAUUUUCAUCUAUUCUUCCCAUACUAUUUGGAUUUUUUUUUAACAAUAUGACAAACACAAUACAUGGAAUACCAUAGAUAAACCAAUCAUUUUACAUCUUCUCCACUGAAUAAACACUGACAUAUGUAAAAUAUAUUACGAGAAAACUCUCUUAUUUUAUUGUGAAUUAUGUGUGAUAGACAGCAGUUAUUAUGUCUAGCAGAUUCUGAAUUAAUCUCUACUUCUCUGAAAUUGCUUGGCUUCAGUUGGAACUAAACUUGAUAGGAAUGUUGGAAGGAAGUUCCUUCAUUAUAUUUCAUAAUUUGUUCUGAUUUUGUUAAAAGUAUGAUUAUUACAGGCAGUACUUGCUUCUGUUAUUCAAGUCUUCUCUUCUCUUAAGCUACUGUAUAGCUGGUUAUUUUCGCGGGUGUAAAAUUUUCGCGAUUUUCGUUGAAUAAAGUAUACAAACUAUUUUGGCGGUGUUUAUGUUGGCAGAUUCAAAACUUUGAUCAAUACCUUUGCAUGUGCAGCUUUACAUUGCAGGAAUUUAUUUUGGCGAAUUUGCAAUCCACGAUAAUAACCCGCUAUACAGUCAUAUACAGAAAUUAAGAAAACAUGAAGCAAUGACCUAGCAUAAAUACAAUCCUUGUAUGCAUGAUUCAAUGAUGUACUUCAAUAACAUAGUAGAUUUAGAGCCAAGUAGUGUACCUCAAUAACGCAGAUAUGAAGUUGAUUUGGUGAUAAGUAUGUCAGUUGAAUCUAUAUUCUUUAGUAGUUUAACUAUUUUGUUGCAUAAUUGUUUGAACAUAUAUUUCAAUUACGCUAUGUUUAUUUAUUAAUUGCAUGUAUGAAAAGUAUGAUAUGAUAAUAUAUGUAUAUUUUGUUUCACUACAAAUUUUAAGUUAUAGUUUAUGUGUCUGUGUCAUUGUUGAAGGCAGGACUUAAAUAUAUUUUCAGGCCAUAUCGGUAACGUUAAGAAUUGCUUAUAUUUUUAAGUCUUAUUUUGGGUUUCAGUUCUGUUACACAUUUUUAGCUCAUGUGGCACAAAAGGAUGUGAACCAGAGUGAUUGUCAUUUCUUUGCAUUUGUUCAACUUUUAACUAUUGUUAAUUCAGAAUUUUUUGUGAGAUUUUUAUUAUUGCGAAAAAUGCGACACAGUUGUAAACGCAAUAAUUUAAACUCGCAUUUUGAAAUAUUUUAUAUGAACUCAAUUUGAUUUUUUUCAAAAUCACAAAAGUCUAAAAUGACAGAAUCACAAUAAUAAAUGUAUGCAAUAAUUUCUGAAUUUGCAAUAUCUAAACUGUAACAAAUAGGGCAAACAUCUCCCUGUGAAAUGACGAGGUCAAUUGACAACAUCUCCCCUUAAUAUAUGAUCAUUCAAUUCAUAGUUUUUGCACAUUUGCUUGUUAGAGAUAAGGGAAUCUCAUUUUGGUGUUUUAGCUCACCUGGCCUUUUUAAGUCGUCAUCAUCCCUCGUCGUUAACUUUUACAAAAAUCUUCUUCUCUGAAACUACACUUGGCCACAAUCAUAAUUGGAAUAUCUAGUUUAAAAAUUGUGUCAGAUGACCCAGCCAACCAACAUAGAUGGCUGCCAUGGCUAAAAAUAGAACAUUGGGGUAAAAUGCAGUUUUUGGCUUAUAACUAAAAAACCAAAGCAUUUAGAGCAAAUCUGACAUGGGGUUACAUUGUUCAUUAAGUGAAGAUCUAUCUGCCAUGAAAUUUUCAGCAGAAUCAGACAACCAAUUGUUGGGUUGCUGCCUCUAAAUUGGUAAUUUUAAGGAAAUUUUACUGUUAUUGGUUAUUAUCUUGAAUAUUAUUAUAGAUGGAGAUAAACUGUAAACAGCAAUAAUGUUCAGCAAAGUAAGAUUUACAAAUAAGUUAACAUGACCAAAAUGGUCAGUUGACCCCUUUAGGAGUUAUUGCCCUUUAUAGUCAAUUUUUAACAAUUUUUCGUAAAUCUUAGUAAUCUUUUACAAAAAUCUUCUCCUCUGAAACUACUGGGCCAAAUUUCACCAAACAUAGCCAGAAUAAUUAUUAGGCUAUCUAGUUUAAAAAUUGUGUUUUGUGACCUGGCAAACCAAUCAAGAUGGCCGCUACGGCUGAAAAUAGAACAUAGGGGUAAAAUGCAGUUUUUGGCUUAUAACUCAAAAACCAAAGCAUUUAGAGCAAAUCUGACGAGGCAAAAUUUUUCAUCUGGUCAAGAUCUAUCUGCCCUGAAAUUUUUCGAUGAAUCGGACAACUCGUUGUUAGGAUGCCGCCCCUAAAUUGGCAAUUUCAAGAAAAUUUUCCUGCUUUGGGUUAUUAUCUUGAAUAUCAUUAUAGAUAGAGAUAAACAGUAAAAAGCAAUAAUUUACAGCAAUUUAAGACUCAAAAAUAAGUCAAAAUGACCAAAAUGGUAAAUUGACCCCCUAAGAAGUUAUUGUCCUAUAUAAUCAAUUUUUAACAAUUUUCAUAAAAUUUGUAAAUUUUUACUUACAUUUUCCACUGAAACUACACGGACAAGUUCAUUAUAAAUAGAGAUAAUUGUAAGCAGCAAGAAUGUUCAGUAAAGCAUGGAAGUAUUAUAUUGACGUCAAUAUAAUACUUCCAUGAGUAAAGUAAGAUGUACAAACACAUCACAAUCACCUAAACAAUUUUGUCAUGAACUGUCUGCUUCCUUUGUUUAAUUCACAUAUACCAAGGUGAGCGACACAGGCUCUUUAGAGCCUCUAGUUGGUUAUUAUCUUCAAUAUUACUAUAGAUAGAUAUAAACUGUUAACAGCAAUAAUGUUCAGCAAAGUAAGAUCUACAAAUAAGUCAACAUGACCAAAAUUGUCAAUUGACCCUUUAAGGAGUUUUCACCUUUAUAGUAAUUUUUUACCAAUUUCUCGUAAAUUUUUGUAAAUCUUCUCCUCUGAAACUACUGGGCCAAAUUUAACAAUAUUGGCCACAGUCAUUAUUGAGGUAUCUAGUUUAAAAAAAAUGUGUCCCAUGACCCGACCAACCAAUGAAGAUGGCCGUCAUGGCUAAAAAUAGAGAAAAACUGUAAACAGUAAUAAUGUUCAGCAAAGUAAGAUCUACAAAUAAGUCUAUGACCAAAAUGGUCAGUUGACCCCUCAAGGAGUUAUUGCCUUUUACACUCAGUUUUUAACAAUUUUCACAAAUUUUUGUAAAUUUUAACAUUUUUUUUACCUCUGUAACUAAUGGGCCAAGUUCAUUAUAGAUAGAGAUAAUUGUAAGUAGCAAAAAUGUUCAGUAAAGUAAGAUCUACAAACACAUUGCCAUCACCAAAACACAAUUUUGUCAUUAAUCCAUCUGUGUCUUUUGUUGAAUAUGCACAUAGACCAAGGUGAGCAACACACGCUCUUUAGAGCCUCUAGUUUAUAUACCAGUAGCAUAGAUCAAAGAGCAAGUGACCCCUAAAGUCUAGAUCUAUAUUUUAAAAAUUAUUUCAAUAUGUCUUCUUGCAUAUUCAGAAAAUUUCUGACAGAUUGAAGUAUGAAAGAUUUUUCAAGAUAAAAUGUCUACACCUGUCCACUACUUUGCAUCUAUCAUUGUAGUUCUUAGCAAAGAUCUUCUCUGACACAACAUAAUUUAUUGCCACUAAAUAUACAAUUUUCUUACUUUUUUGUUGUAAUUUGAAAACAGAGGGAGAUGAGUUGAAAGUCCAUCAAUAUUUAUUUUUUUGAGAUGCUGAGAAAAGCCUUAAAUAAAUAUUAAUAUGACUCCUGUUGUUAUUUGGUGUUUAUAUGUAUACAAUGUGUGUGCUAAAUCUACUUUUUCUUUUGUUUUGUUGUUAAUAAUUUAUUUUUAUAUAGGAUAUGUAUAUAUAUGCUGUACACAUUUACUACUGUACUAAACUGAACUCUGAAUUAAAAGUUAUCUUUACUUUUUUUAUAAAAAGGAAAUAAACAACAA